GACCUCCGGGCCCCGGCGCCGGGCGGGACGGGGCCCGGGGCAGAGGCUGCGGCGGACGCGGGCGCGGAUGGCGGCGGAGCGCGGGGCGCCGGGCUGCCGCUACCAGUUCCGGGUGGCGGCGCUGGGGGACGCCGCGGUGGGGAAGACCGCGCUGCUGCGGCGCUUCGUGGCGGGCGCGGCGGGCAGCCUGGAGCCGGGCCCGGAGCGCGCGGCGCCCACGGCGGGCCUGGAGUGCUACGGGCGCGCGCUGCGCCUGCCGGCCGGGCCGCGCGUCAAGCUGCAGCUGUGGGACACGGCGGGCCAGGAGCGCUUCAGGUGCAUCACCAGGUCCUUUUACCGGAACCUGGUGGGUGUCCUGCUGGUCUUCGAUGUGACAAACAGGAAGUCCUUUGAACACAUCCCGGACUGGCACCAGGAGGUCCUGGCCACCCAGGGCCCCCACAGGGCAAUCUUCCUGCUCCUGGGCCACAAGAGCGACCUGGAGAGCGCCCGCUGCGUGUCGGCCCAGGAGGCAGAGGCGCUGGCUGCCUCCCUGGGCAUGGCCUUCAUGGAAACCUCAGCCGUAAACAACUGCAACGUGGACCUCGCUUUCCAGACUCUUGCCACCGCCAUCCAGCAGGCCCUGCAGCAGGGGGACAUCAAGAUGGAGGAGGGCUGGGGGGGCGUUCGGCUCAUCCUCAGGCCUCCAGAGCCCAGGCCCCCCAGCAGGAAGCCGCCUGCGGGCCCAUGCCAGUGUUGACUCCGGGAGGAAAAGGGUUAUAACAGUGCCAACCUCAGAUGCGCUAGUGGGAUGGAGACUGUCUUUCCAAAGGGCAGAUGGCGGAACCUGCCCAAAGGGUUCAUAUAAACAAUGUCCUGGCAUCGUCAUGGCUCCUGGAUUUUGGGUCUCGGAGCUCAGCCCCUUUGCCCCAGAAAUGUCUAGGCUCUGGCCAGGCAGCUCUGCUGGUUAGAGUGUCACCUCCAUACAGUUAGAUCGUAUACAAGUAUCAACUAAUAGUGGAGCAAUAAAUCAAUGUCUUCCUUCCUCUCUAAAAUCAAUCCAUGAAAGCAAGUUCUAGAGGCAGGUAUACAGCUUCCUGUUGAGCCUGCUUCCUCAUAAAACACCCUGCCUCGAGGGGGUGGGGGAUGGGGAGGUGCAGGAAUGAGACGAUGGAUGGGAUAUGCUCAGCCAGAUCCUGCCACUUGCUGAGAACUAAGUGAUAAGAACUGUCAUCACCGCUCCUCUUGGCUGGGAUGUGGCCAUUUCCAGCAGCAUUCCGGGGCUGGGACGCUGAGACGCCGAGUCUGUACACGGGCCGCGGGCCACGCAGGUGAGGGUGAGUGCGGGGAAUUCCAGGGGGGCCUGGCUCAGAGCCUCCUUAGGCCCUCAGGCUUGGCUGAGUCUGGGCAUGGAAAUAAGCUGUGGCUGUGGCAGCCCACUGCCCUUGGUCUAAGGCAGGGACUGAAUCUGGAUCUGGGAGGCAGAGCUGAAGAACCCAGAGCCUCCUCCUCCCCCUUACACCCCCCCCCCCCCCCCCCCCCAGCCCUCCAGCUGCUGUGAGUGCUGAGGAAUGAGGAAGACACUCUGGAAACUCCCAACCCCUCAGGGCAGCCCACAUCCAGUGUGGAUCUGAUGGGGGCAGGGUAUUCAGAGGGCAGGCCUUCUUGUCCCAAUGCUGAACAACUCUGAAGAUCAAGCCUUGCUUUAUCACUCACUAGAGGCUGGUGCACAAAAUUCAUGCACUCUGUGGGGGGCGGGGGGUCCCCUCAGCCCAGCCUGCACCCUCUCAGCCUGGGAGCCCUUGGGGGAUGUCCAAUCGAUGGCUUAGGCC